AUGAAGGACUCCUCAGCCAUUCCCAUCAUCAUCAACAAGAGCAGCAUUGAGAACAACUUGGUGUUUGCUCCAGGGUUUGAUGACCCUGAAGCUGUUCCUCACCUAGAAUUGAAUGACUACUCAGACAUCAUUGUGGCUUCUGGCCAACACCACAUAUCAGCAGUGAAACGCUACUGUGGACUGAUUGAGGAAGAAAUGGAGUCAUACCAGACAAGGCAUGGCAAACUUGGCAACCUGAAGACCCUUACGGAUGAAGCCAUAAAUGAGCAUAAUACCCUUGGUGACCAAAUUGCUGAAUGUAUGGGCCAGUUGGAUGGGAUGGGCAAAUGGGGAGUGAUUGUAUAUGACAAAUCAAAAUUACUCACUAAGAGUGAUGGGCUUGCAAACCACCUUAGCCGAAACAAUGCACUGCACAAAUAUAAAGAAAUACAAGAAGAAGUAUUGAUCACCAUGCUGAAGAGCAUUCAACUGACAUACCUUGCAAACCCAGAUGACAUUGGAUGGUGGAAUACUGCAGUAGCCCUUAUUGAAGAGUUGUGGGCUAAAAUGGACAAGAAUUCACAGCUACAGAAAGUCAUGCACAGCCCUAACAUAACAUUGCAGAGAAUUUUUGGUAACCUGGCUCUCCAAGUCAAUGGGUAUUUACAUGGGGUAGCAGCACUGCAAGAUCUGCAUGUAUUGCUUGAGAAGAGUACCCCUAACCAUGGGGGUGGGUAUUUAUGGGCAGGGGUAAUGGACGAUCUUGACUGGCAUGCAAAGACUGCUUUUGAAGAGAGGAAGAAAGUCAUGCAGAAGAUGACUCCAAAGUAUAUUACUAGGCUGAGCACUUAUCGUCAGAACGUGUUAAAAACCCUGGAGAAAGCAUGGUUAAGGACUGGGAGGGGGGCAGGGGAAUUGAAUGAGAUUGAUUGGCACCUCGACCACAGCAUGGUGCAAGUUCUGCUAUCCCUCACUGCACUGGAUGGUGAUACAUAUACACCUGAGCCACUCCUGAGUGCCUGGCUCCUUGAUUACAUUUGGGAUGAGUUGGCUGCUGUGGAGAACGGUAUUGCAGAAGUGAUGAUACACAAUAUAGAGAAAGAUUGUUGCAUUGAACAGAAGGAGGUGUCGAUGGAUGUGUGCUGCCUUAUCUGGCAAUUCAGGGACACUUUAGUACUGCAUCUGCACAACCAAGCAAUCACUGCAAUAAACACAAUUCCAGAGAGGCCAACCAACAAGCACUGCCAAGCUUCGAGAGACAUGUCAGAGGAGGCAGUUGCAGGCACUAUGGCAAUUCACAUGACAGCAUGGGACUGGAACACUGUGAAACUUGAAAAUUUUGGAAGAGACCAAGCCCCCUUCGUGCAGGUGAUCAUCCUGGAGAGAAAGAUCACAGGCAAGUAUCAAUCACAGCUACUCUCUGACCCCAUCAUAGCUUCAUUUCAGAAAACAUUGGAAACCACACUUACUGGAAGUGCCAGAAAAAUCCAAACAAUGGGCGAUGAUGAUAAAUUAGUCCCAGUGCAGGAGUGGACCUGGUGGGAUGAGCUUGCACUCCCUGGGAAGACAGUGGAUGCGCAUACGAUGAAAAACAGCAUGCAAGGCACAGAUAUGAAGGUAGAACAACACUUGUUGUCGCAGGAUGUUGUUGAUGGAUUGAUUGCACUACUAAAGAGCACACAUUCCAUGACAGAGGACAUUACUGAAGAACUGGUAAAGGUCAUGCUUGCCAGUGCUGAGGUCAGGGCCGAAAUUCCUAGCAUGCAGCAACUUCAUUCUGUCAUCACAGGCAAGACUAAGGCUAACGUCUCACAGGAUGGGCCUGACCCACAAACAUCUGGCAUGGAACCAGUGGAGCAGGCCCAUGCCAGUUCUAGUGACCCCUUGCAGUCGCAUGCCAAACCAAAGCCUCAACCAGUCCCACACAGAUCACUUCUUGCUGCUGAAAAACUGUCUUCAAUGACACCAUUCAAGGAGACAGCUGUAUCUUUGUCCAAUGACAUGGAUGUUAUUGCAGAUGUUCCCAAUAUUCCUUGUCUGCCUGCAGCAGAUGAUGGUAUUAGCAGCAACACCUUUGCCACAUCCUCUGAUGAUGGCUCAGCACUAAUUGCGCAAGGCAUGAGCUUGGGGGACCAUGGCUGGUAUCAACCCACCCCAUCACAACACAGCAGCAAUGACAGGGCUAAUGAUAUGUACAUCUGGGACCAGAACACAGAUCAUAAGGCCUCAUGGAAACCAAGCUUGCCACCACUUUGCCCUCUCCCUUCAGAUGCAGUGCCUCCUCCAAUUGAUACUGACCAGCUUCAUCAAAGUGGUCAUGUCCUCACUGCUGCUCAUCCACAUGGCCGCCCAGUUGCAGCAUUGUCCAAUGUUAUUAUGACUGUCACCACUGCUUCAUCUUCAAAACGCCCCUGUAAGACUACCACAUAUCUGAUGAUCCUAGUGACAAUGGCAACUCACACUUGGAAGAAGAAAUCUCAGGGCAUGCCUACUCAUAGAAAUGGUGAAGAGGAAUGUUAUAUUGGUGAUGGUGGCAGUGGUGGGCUUGUUUAG